UUUUCACGUAUCACGCACUUAUAUUUGAGCCCGAAUCACGUGUCACGCGUAACCCCGGUUGUGUACGAAGGAUGUAUUUGCAGGCAGUUUGAUCAAUAGCAAACCAGAAUGCGGAGUCUAGUGAGAUGGACUGAAGCAUUUAUAAUCUAAAAUACCAAAUCAUCACUCGUUAGUCUUCGGACGUCUCUGUGAUUUUCAUGCAUCUUUGGCGCCCAAGAAGAUGAGGUUUCGUCGUCGUCGUCGCUUUGUUUUUGCUGUGACAGGACUCGCCAUGAUGUUGUCGUGGGUUUUAUAUAUUAACAAACAUUCUGAUAGAUUUAAAGGAAAUUCAUUCUAUUCUGUGAGUAAUGAACCUAUUUGGAUUGCCACAGAAGAACCCGUGGACCUUUACGCAGGAAAAAUACGGCGCCAGCUUAUUAUGACAACAACACUAAACGACUCAACUAUUGUUCAAUUGAGCGCGUGUAGACUACCGAGUCUUGAUCCAUUCCACCCUAGUUUAAAAUCCCUUAUUCAAGAGCUUGAUCCUCUUGAUUGUGGAAAACUACAUUCGAGUUUUGAGAAGAGUAUUCUUCACGUAAAGGGAGAGGACGUAGUUUCAGUAAAAUACCGAAUCAUUAGUCGACCCGAGAUGCAUGAUUUCGGCGUGAAGCUUUCAGACCCUGUUGAAAUCGAAAACAUCUACAAGGUCGAGGAACCGUCAAAUCUCUAUCCCAUAAGGCCAGGGGAUACUGGCUGUAUAAUGCACAAAGAGAGUGAAAAAUGUCUACACCCAUUGGGAGGUCAAGACAUACCUAGUGAUGGUGAAAGAGCAGUCCUUCAUUCUGACUGUGGUCUUAGCCGUUUACACUUCAAGAUGACGUCAUCUGGGGUCCUUAGGCAUGUUCCUAGUGGACUUUGUCUACAUGUGAAUACAGCAAAUGCUAGCAACCAUGUUACUUUUGAACCCAAAUGCUCAUCAAAGUUUAAGGAUUUGAAUGGCAAAGUCCGAGUCGCCAAAAGUCAACUCUGCUUACAACCAAGAAACGAAUCGCCUGAAAAUAACGACUUCCUUGAAGCUGGAAAAAAUUGCACGCAUAACUUUUAUUUUUACAAAGUAAAAGGUAUAGUUCAAGCUUGUUUAAAUUGA